AUGUCUGACCGUUUAACACAACUCCAGAUCUGUCUAGACCAGCUUGUGGCGCAGUUCAAUGCGACCAUCAACUACGUCAAUACCCAAGGCGAGUUGGCUCCACUUGAUGAAGAUAAAUCGUCAGUGAUCAACUUGGCUGCUAACGCUCCACUUCCAGGAACGAAGAAAGAGAACACCGAACAGCCUAGCCAGGCUGGAAAUUCUGAAGCCAGCGGUGCCACGUCACGUCCAAAACCGUCUUUUGAUAGUGUCAUCAACGAAUUGUCCACAGAUAUCAUUCUCAAAUCGCGUCAAAUAAGCAUGAUUAUCGAUUCGCUACCGGGCAUUGGAACGCUUCCAGAGACCCAGCUCAAGACGAUUGGUGACUUGGUUGAUGAGACGAAUUGCUCAAAUGGUGUGAAGAGCUCAUAG